AUGGCUGAACCCAACUCGUGUGAGGAGCAGUGCAGGAGGCAGGUGGAGGAGAACAAGCGGAAGCUGGAGGAGCUGCGCUUGCACCGCCUCUCCGUCGCCGUGCGCGAGGCCGCCGUCAAGCCGAAGCCGACCAAGCUACCGAGGCGGUGUCGCGAUGCCCCGACUCGGCUGUCCGGAAGGGUCGCCGGUCUGCCCGAGCAACCCGAUUACCGCGACAGAAAAAUCAGGGGAGGGGCAUAUGUCGAUAGAAGGCAAUUGCCACCUGAUGAUGUGUACGCCACCGACGAAGCGAGCGCCUACGCCCUCACCAAGGCUGAAGAGCUCAAGAGCCAGCUGUGCUUCGACCACCCCUCCUUCGUCAAGCCCAUUUGCUAUAAAACUGCCACAGCUAGCUGCCUGCGCAUACCUCAGCUAUUCAAAGAGUGGUAUCUCCCGUGGUGUAAUGAGAUGAUUUAUCUGGUGGAUGAACAAGAUGUUGAGUUUCAUUUGCCUUACUAUGCGCUAAGUGGUUCCAUCGGCACUGGGUGGAAAAUGUUUGCCAUCAGCCACAACCUAGCUGAUGGUGAUUGCUUGGUGUUCCAGCAAGUUCAGAAAACUAAGUUCAAGGUCUACAUAAUUAGAGCAAGUUCCUACUACGAAAAGGACCACUGUUGA